AUGUACAACAGCUGGAAUUUUGAUGAUGCAGAUGACAGGAAGAAGCCUGACAAAAUUUUGGAAAAAUUUGUGCAGCAUCUUGAACCCAAGUCUAACCACCGCAUACAUAGGUACCAGUUUCAGCACAUGAGACAAGAACCAGAAGAAACAGUGGACAACUUCAUGUCAAAAUUAAAGAAUGUUGCAGCCAAAUACAAAUUGGAAUCUGACAAAGAAAUGGAAGAAAGGUUAGUAGAUCAACUAAUAUGGGGUUCGUGUCACCCGGAUGUUCAAAAGAAAUUGAUUGGGCGAAAUGAGAAGCUUACACUCAAAGAUGCGAUAGAUGUAGCCCGCAGUUUUGAGGCAACAAACAAACAAAUGCGAUUGCUUGCAAGUAACCAGGACUAUUCCUCACCAAAUAAAUCUGUGAAUACAAUCAAAAAGUAUAGCAAGCCACAAAGCUACAAGCCACAACAACAGACAAAAAUAUGUAACAAUUGUGGGAAAACGCAUGACAUUUCUGCACGGAAAAAUUGUCCUGCGUAUGGAUCUCAGUGUCACAAGUGUGGAAAAAUGAACCACUGGCAAUCAGUAUGCAAAUCAUCAAAGAAAAUACAAAAUCGUCCAACACAACGCCGUAAUAGACAGCAGAUACAUGAUAUAGGGUACAACACAGAUAUGACAGAAGAAGAAACCCUGACAAUAGGAACUAUUCAUGCAAAUGACAACCGAGAGGAAGUGUAUACAUUACUGCAAAUUGAACGUGCUGAACUGACACAGAAAAUAAACCUGAAAUGCAAAGUUGACACAGGCGCCCAGAGCAAUGUACUCCCAUUGCGUCUAUUUCGUAAUAUCUUUCCAGAUAAAAUAGAUAGUAAAGGCAACCCCAAACCAAAUGCAUUACAAGGAACAAACAUGAUUCUAUCAGCAUAUGGAGGAUCGCAAAUCAAACAGUUGGGAACAAUAACAAUCCCUUGUCAACACAGAGGAAGGAAAAUUAACUGUAUUUUCUAUGUGACAGAUGCAACAGGUCCUGCCAUUCUAGGCCUAAAAGCAUGCAGAGCACUUAACCUUAUUUCAUUACAUUGUGCUAUAGAAAGUAAACAUACAACAAAUGCAGCAAAACAAACAGCACAGAAGAGCCCCAACUACAUUGAUAGCGACAUACCUCUAAAAGAUCGUCCACCGAUACGAGACAAGGAACAUCUACUACAGAUGUAUCCAGACUGCUUCGAUAAUGUAGUUGGAUGUUUUGAAAACUAUACCUACCACAUCACUUUAGACCCAAAAGUACCACCUGUAGUACAUGCAGCUCGUCGAAUACCAAUAGAGCUCAGAGACAGACUCAAAACGGAACUAACUGAGAUGGAAAACAAAAAUAUAAUUACCAAAGUUAACCAACCUACUGAUUGGGUUAACUCGCUUGUCAUUCGAGAGAAAGAAAAUGGCAGAUUACGACUGUGCUUGGAUCCCAAAGACUUGAACACUGCAAUCAAGCAGGAACACCACCCUACACCAACACUUGAAGAAAUCACACAUAAGCUGACUGGUGCAAAACGGUUCAGUAAACUCGAUGCCCGGAACGGAUAUUGGAAUGUUAAACUAGAUGAGGAGUCAUCAGUACUAACAACAUUCAACACUCCAUUUGGUCGGUACAGAUCCUACGAAUGCCAUUUGGACUCCGCAUGA